AUGUCUGUCAUUUGCAUUGAGCCCAGGGAUAAGCUGGAGAAAACGAGAUCUCAACGGCUGGGCGGCGUGGUGCAGAUGGUGCCGGCCUGGGAUGCGUUCAACGUCAUGACAUCAGCCGUCACGUUCCUUCCAACAACGCACUACUAUGCGCACGGGCUGAAGCUCAACGAUUCAGUGAGUAUUGCGUAUCCUGAAAGUUGUCCCGUUCUUUCCUCUCGUCUAUCAUCCAAUGCCCGCUUCUUAUACUCUCCCCUCUCCCCUCUCCCUCGCCUUGGUUCCUCAGGCGCUCAACGUCUUGACGGUAUGCUGGACACUCGGGCUCGAGCGGAGGUACGGGGAUACGAAGAGGCAGCGAAGAUUGGGCCUGUGAUCUUCUCCCCUAGCUUCGUUAUCGCUCACAAGGACCAGAAGGUUCGACGUGGCGUGUCGAAUGUUCUACUAACCUUUGGCUGUGAAUCCGCAGCUGGAUAA